CUGUCUCGUAAUUCAAUCUUGCGUCUUCCGCGCCUGGGCUUCAGCCCAUCUGGCAUGCAUCUUCUGCGUCUGGGCCGGAUGCAGCUGUGGCGGCCCAUGCGUGGGGUGUUCAGGCGGUCAACGCCGCAUAACCGUGCCUCCCGAUCCCAGCUCCAGCCCGCCGCCACCUCCUGGUAUGCCCCGCCCCACCUCACCGCGCGCGGCCGGCCGCCGCCGCGCGCCGCCACCGCCGCCACCGCCGACCCCGCCGGCACGCCUACUCCUAUCUCUGGAUCGAGGCGGGUCAACGAGCGUGUGGGGCGGCAGGCGGCUCUCCGGCUCGAUCCAAUCGGAUCCGAUCGAAUGAGGUCUGCACAGGGCGGCGGCGGAUGGGCUGGACGCGCAGAACGACGGCGGCGUCCGGAUCCAGGCGAGCGUCGGCGGCACAAGGCGUCGUAGUUCUGCGAGGCAGCGCCAUGGUUGCUCCGCCGUGCUCCUGGAAGAAAACGAGGAAGGAUGAGGGAGAGCAAGCAUGGAAGAUGGCGAGAACCUAAGCUGCUCCCUCCAGCGUGCCCCCUCCAUGGCUCGUCGUCGCCCUGUGACCACAUCCAGCCCCAGUUCAACAAUGUCUAUUGGGAUGUCAUCUCUCAUGGCAAGUUUCUCUUCUUCGGUAGUUUCCCCUCAAAGGCUGUGCUUACCUGGAGAAACCAGAGGAUAUAAACCCGAGGAUAUAAAUGAGAGCACAUACAUACGUGUGGUGGACACUAUCCUGCGGCAUGAUGCUCCUGCUUCCGUGCUGUUUGCCAUGGAUUUAACAUAUUUGUCUUGUUGGGACUCCGAGCAGCUGUUGCAGAAGGACUUCAACCUCCUUAAUCCGCUGGCUGAGCUAGAGAAGCAAUCACAAGAAAAAGCAUCUCGUGCAGUCCAUCAACUCAUCAUGUACGUGCGCAUCAGAUCAUGUACGGACAUACAAUAGUUGGCACAAACUUCAAAUUUUGGGAGGUAACCAAAAUAGUUGGCACAACCUUGGGAGACAAAGAGAAUAGUUGUGCUUUAUUAGUAGGUAUAGAUAUUUAUUGAUUAAUAGUAUCAUCUAUUCCUAAUUUUUUACGUCACAUUCGUCCGAGUCAGGCACAAACGA